AUGGGCUGGGCUCUGCCUCUGCUCCGCGUCGUCUGCCUCUGCAGCCUUCUGGCGGUCGCUCGCCCGGCCAGGCCGGCCAACGUCUCCAUCGGCGCCCUCUUCACCUUCGACUCCGUCAUCGGGAGGUCCGCCAGGGCCGCCAUCGACCUCGCCGUCGCCGACGUCAACCGCGACGCCAGAGUCCUCAGGGGGACGCACCUCAGCCUAGUCGCGCAGGACACCAAGUGCAGCGGCUUCGUCGGCACCAUCCAAGCGCUGCAGCUAAUGGAGAAGAAGGUGGUGGCGGUGGUGGGGCCGCAGUCGUCGGGGAUCGCCCACGUGGUGUCGCACGUAGUCAACGAGCUCCACGUCCCGCUGCUCUCCUUCGCCGCCACCGACCCGGCGCUCGCCUCCGCCCAGUACCCCUACUUCGUCCGCGCAGCCCGCGGCGACGACUCCUCCCAGAUGGCCGCCGUCGCCGACAUCGUCACCUACUAUGGCUGGAGGGAGGUCACCGUCAUCUACGUCGACAACGACUACGGCCGCGGCGGCGUCGACGCCCUCGGCGACGCGCUCGAGGCCCAGCGCGCCAAGGUCUCCUUCAAGGCGCCCUUCCCUCCGGACGCCGACCAAGCCGCCAUCGCCGACCUGCUCGUGCGGGUCACCAUGAUGGAGUCCCGCGUCUGCGUCGUCCACGUCAACCCGGACUCCGGCCUCGCCGUCUUCGCCGCCGCGCGCUCCCUCGGCAUGAUGGCCUCCGGCUACGUCUGGAUCGCCACCGACUGGCUCGCCGCCGCCCUCGACUCCACGCGGCCGCCCAAUCCCAGGGCGAUGAGCCUCGUGCAGGGCGUGGUCACGCUCCGCCAGCACACCCCGGACUCCGGCGCCAAGACGUCGCUCACCUCCAGAUUCGCCGCCGCCCAGCUGAACCGGACCGCCACCCUGAACGCCUUCGGGCUCGCCGCGUACGACGCCGUGUGGAUGGCGGCCCGCGCCAUCGACGAGUUCCUGGAGGACGGGGGGAACGUCACCUUCUCGGUCGACCCGAGGUUGCAGCAGGAGGUGAACGGGAGCAGCACGCUCCGGCUGGACACGCUCAGAGUGUUCGACCAGGGGGAGCAGCUGCUGCAGAAGGUGAUGCUCGCCAACUUCACCGGCGUCACCGGCGGCGUGCGGUUCUCCGCGGACGGCAGGAGCCUGGCCGACCCCGCCUACGAGGUCCUCAACGUCGGUGGCACGGGCGUCCGGCGGGUCGGCUACUGGUCAAACCACUCGCAUCUGUCCGUCGCCGCGCCCACUCCGCUCCGAAUCAAAACUAACAGCAGCCAGCAGCAGCAGGAGCAGCGGCUGUACAGCGUGAUCUGGCCUGGGGAGACGACAUCGCCGCCGCGCGGGUGGGUGUUCCCGAACAACGGCCGUCCGCUGAGGAUCGGCGUGCCGUACAGGACGACGCAGAAGCAGUUCGUGUCCAAGGACAGCGGCCCCGACGGCGCCAGCGGGUACUGCAUCGACGUGUUCAAGGCCGCCGUGGCACUGCUCCCGUACCCUGUCCCCGUGUCCUUCAUCCUCUUCGGCGACGGCGUCAAGAACCCCAGCUACAGCGACCUCGUGAACAAGGUGGCCAACAAUGUGUUCGACGCGGCGGUGGGCGACGUGUCCAUCGUGACGAACCGGACGCGGGUGGUGGACUUCACGCAGCCGUACGUGGAGUCCGGGCUGGUGAUCGUGUCGCCGGUCAAGGAGAAGAGCUCCAACGCGUGGGCCUUCCUCAAGCCCUUCACGCUGGGCAUGUGGGCCGUCACCGGCGCCUUCUUCCUCUUCGUCGGCGCCGUCGUCUGGAUUCUCGAGCACCGCUUCAACCCGGAGUUCCGCGGAUCCCCACGCGAGCAGCUCGUCACCAUUUUCUGGUUCAGCUUCUCAACAAUGUUCUUCGCGCACAGGGAGAACACUGUGAGCUCUCUGGGUCGUUUCGUGCUCAUCAUCUGGCUGUUCGUGGUGCUCAUCAUCAACUCGAGCUACACGGCGAGCCUGACGUCCAUCCUGACGGUGCAGCAGCUGUCGACGGGGAUCCAGGGGCUGGACGGCCUCCUCGCCAGCGCCGACCCCAUCGGCUACCAGGUUGGGUCCUUCGCCAAGAGCUACAUGAUGCAGGAGCUCAACGUGCCGGAGUCCCGGCUCAAGGAACUUGCCAUCGACGACUACGCCGCCAGCCUCCAGCUCGGCCCGCGCAACGGCGGCGUCGCUGCGAUCGUGGACGAGCUGCCCUACGUCGACCUCUUCCUCUCCACCAACUGCCAGUUCAAGACCGUGGGACAAGAAUUCACCAAGAGCGGAUGGGGAUUCGCUUUCCAGCGGGACUCGCCUCUGGCGGUGGACCUGUCGACGGCGAUCCUGACGCUGUCGGAGAACGGCGACCUGCAGCGGAUCCACGACAAGUGGCUCAACCCGGGGCAGUGCGACUCGUCGCAGGGCGGCGACGUGGCGGCCGACAGGCUCAACCUCAGCAGCUUCUGGGGACUCUUCCUCAUCUCCGGCGUCGCCUGCUUCAUUGCAUUGGUCAUCUUCUUCACCAGGAUACUGUGCCAGUACGGCAAGUACAACCAGGGCGAUGACGAAGGUGGAACGCCGCCGGAGGACUGCCCGGUGCGGCGGCCGGAGCGGCUGAGGAGCAUCAGGGAUCUGAUAACGUUCGUGGACAUGAAGGAGGAGGAGGCCAAGAGGGCCAUCAAAAGGAAGUCGAGCGACGACCGCCGGGACAGGUCCAUCGCCAGCUCCGCCGGGGCAUCCUCCUUCUCCGCAUCCACGGUGUAG